ACACGUGGGUCGAAAAAGACAUAAAUAGAGGUAGAAGAAGCCAUUGUGUUCGAUAGAUUUCCAGACACCAUUGGCAGAAACAGCUAAUAUGGCGUCGACGAGCCGCGGAGAUGUUCUAGCCCUUCCCAAGGUGCAGUGCCCCAACCACCCAGACGCCAUGCUGGUGGAAGAUUACAGAGCCGGGGACAUGAUCUGUCCCGAGUGUGGCCUUGUAGUGGGUGACCGUGUGAUUGACGUGGGCUCGGAGUGGAGGACCUUCACCAACGAGAAAGCCACCAAAGACCCAUCCAGAGUGGGUGAUGCCCAGAACCCACUCCUCAACGGGGGAGACUUGACGACCAUGAUUAGCAAGGGGACGGGUGCAGCUAGUUUUGAUGAGUUCGGCAACUCCAAAUACCAAAACCGACGAACCAUGAGUAGUUCAGACCGCGCCAUGCUAAAUGCCUUCAAAGAGAUUACCACCAUGGCUGACCGGAUCAACCUCCCCAGGAACAUCAUAGACCGCACAAAUAACUUAUUUAAGCAAGUAUAUGAGCAGAAGAGCUUAAAGGGACGAGCCAACGAUGCCAUCGCGUCAGCCUGCCUGUAUAUCGCCUGCAGACAAGAAGGCGUUCCUCGGACAUUUAAAGAGAUCUGCGCGGUGUCCCGCAUCUCCAAGAAGGAAAUCGGCCGCUGCUUCAAGCUGAUCCUCAAGGCCCUGGAGACCAGCGUGGACCUCAUCACAACUGGAGACUUCAUGUCCCGCUUCUGCUCCAACCUGGGCCUGCCCAAGCAGGUGCAGAUGGCGGCUACGUACAUUGCCCGAAAGGCCGUGGAGCUAGACCUGGUGCCUGGCAGGAGCCCAAUCUCCGUGGCUGCCGCCGCCAUCUACAUGGCCUCUCAGGCCUCUGCUGAGAAGAAAACCCAAAAAGAGAUUGGAGAUAUUGCUGGUGUGGCGGAUGUCACUAUCAGGCAGUCAUACAGACUUAUCUACCCCCGGGCAGCUGACCUCUUCCCACCGGACUUCAAAUUCGACACCCCUGUGGACAAACUGCCCCUACUGUGAAGACCCUGUUGCCUCAACAACACUUUCUGCUGUACUUUUAUCGUCUCUUUAUUUUUAUUGAAUUUCUAAAGAUAUUAUCUUUUCCCUUGUUAAUUAGACUUUUGGCCUUGAGAGGCUCUUCUUGCAGGAAUACAGACAAGUACAGGACAACACAUUCCAAUGCUUAAAAAAAACAAAAACAAGAUUGCAAACUGUACUUACAGUAUUUCAUUUGACUGUAUAUAUACUGUAUAUAUGUCCAAGUGAGAAAAUGUAAUUGGUGCUUGCAAUACUAGGCUGGUUUCAUACUGUAUACACUUUUUUUUUUUCUAGGAGAUGAGCAGGUUCUAUUUUGUUAGCUUGUUUGCAUUGUAUUACGUAACUUAAAUGAAAAACCUUUCUGAAAAGCAAGUUGAACCACCUCAUGCAUUGAAUAACAUUAAACCUUGUUUACAGAAUGGG